AGGUUCAUCAACUCACACAGCUUGAAUGUUUUGAUUCCAUCUGUUUAUUAGACUGAAUGUAAAUCGAAUAGAGUAUGAGCCAUGCAGUAUGUGCACUCAUGGCUUACAGUGUUGCUGGAAAAAUGCUGGCAGGAAUUCUGUGGGCAUAAAUUGACUUUGCAGACAGAGAGGUUGAUCUUGAGCCUAGAUGGAAAUAUACUGCUAAAGCUCCUAUGGCACUUCUUUUCUUUUUUUUUGUUACAGCAGUGGUGUGCCCCUUUGUCCUUGGUUAAAAUUUGCUCUGUAUUCAUUUUUGGCAGUGUUUAAUGUAGCAGUUGUCAAUCUGAACGUGGCCUUGCAUCCCAGAGGAAAUUGCACUUCAUUAGUAUUUUAAGUGCAUAAUUGGAAGUUGUUUAAGGAUUGUUUCAGACCGAUAUACAACACUGGUCUUUCAGCUCUUAUAUUAAUGUAUAAAGAGGUUGAACUACAUAUGCUGAAAAGACAUUUAAUUUUACAGGAGGGGGAAAAAUAGCUCUAAUAAGGUUUGAAGUUGUUAUCCUUGCAGGGAAGAUGCCUUUCUGUCAAUUCUCCUAAAUGCAUGCAGAACUGCUUUUAGUUGCAGUAAUAUUCCCUGGAGUAAGAGGACACUGUAUAUGCCUUGUUCUAGCUCGUGACCUUUAAUAGUAAUGCUGAUAUUAUUUCUUUUUUUAAAACUGGAGAUCGUCAGGUUCAUUCCCUUCUACCAACAUGCUGCAAAAGCAGAACAAUUGAGGAGGAGCUGUGGAGUAAAAGAGCAGGCACUUGGAGUAUUAACCAGGCAUGACUUCUGUCAUCACUCACCUAUGACAGCCAGUAAAGACAUAUGAGUACAGAUAGUUAAGAUGCCGCUAGAGUAUUAAAUACUGACCAGAACUCAAGCCUGCAAUUUUCUAGCUGCUAUUUCACUUCUAUGCUCUUAGAGCUGAAGGGAAAAUGUCACUGAUAGUAAACCUUCAGGGCAGCACAGCUUAUAAGAAGAUGUAAGAUCGCUUACACCACCUUAUAAAAAGAAUAAGAUGCAUCUUAUAAGCUCACUUCAGGUUGUCAGUGGGUUGGUUUGAACAAGUCCAAUUUGAAAAUAUGUUAGUUGCGUAUGGAAAGUAUGUUUAAAAUUUUUUUAGCCUUUUAGGAAAAGGGUAUUUGACUGCUUGAGCUGUUACGUGGAGGAAGUGCACGGGUUUUGCACCUCAGCACAGAUUUGCAUGUGGUCACAUUUUCCCUAAUGAUGCUGCCUAACCAUGAACAUGGUCUUUAACCUUUAUAAUUUGGGAGCUGUUAAGAUGUGUAGCGUUGAAUUACCCGAGCCAGGUUAGAAUGACUGUGGUCAAGUGUUGGACUCUGCAGAGGUGCACUGACUUGUUUCUCUUCCCAGGCUACCUACUUACUUCUCCGAAGAGUUUGGAUAUAUUAACCUGCAUGGGAAGAGCUUUCAUGUGACUGUUCAAAUUCCUGUAGCUUAGGUAUCCUAUCCAGUUCAAUAAAUAAACUGGCUUUUGUUGGUCUGUAUAAUACAUUUUGUUGAGCAUGGCAUUUGAGAACAAGCAGAUCAAAGUGGGUAUCAGUUUUCCAUCUGUCAGCUGUGAAAUAGCUGUUUAAUAAAGAUACUAAUCUGUGAUGUAGAAUUAAGAUAACUUCCUACAUCUUGUUAUUUGGCAUCUUGUUAUCUUUAUGGGAAUCUUAAGUAUGGGAUUAAAAUACAGAUAAAAAAAUGUAUGUGGUUUAUAGGCAUGUGAGGUAUCUGAGCUCCUAUUUAAACUCAGUUCAGUCAUUGGUGCCCAGAGAACAAUUCUCUUCCCUAAAUAAGUGCUUAGGGCCAUUUGAGGUGCCUGGAAUUAGUAACCACCCUCAUGAACCUGCAAGAGGGUCUAGGCCCUAUAGGAGGUAUGUGCCCAUCAGAAGAGGCAGUUAGAGGCCAGGUGUAAUAAUUUAUGGUAUCUUAGAUUGCACUACGCAUUUAUUUUUAGGCAACUGAAUUAGCACUAGAGCAUUUGAAAUAAGCUAAAUUGCUCUCCAAGGAGCUCUAAUUGUGUUCAAUAGGGGCUUGACUCUUACAACUGUUGGAGUUGAUCAAGGCUGAGACAUCUCCAAAGGGACAGCACUUGCGAUAAAAGACCUGUGGGAGAUCUGCACUUCUGGAGUAGCAGCUGAAGGCCAAGCAGAAUACCAGAGGACACUGGCGCUAAACAUCUAUGUUUAGGAAGCCAAAUGGAUCCCUAGAUCUCCAGUGAUUCCAGUGGUAACUUAGAUACCUGGUAUACCAGUGACACCUAAGUGUAAGCAUCUUAAUCUGGAACUGAAUCCAAUACUGAAAGCCCAAUAAUGAUGCUAGGUUGCUAUCUUGAAAUUUAUUAAAAUGAAUACCAUGUUUCACUUCUGGUUGAAUAAAUUAUUAGUUAGAUCAAAAUGGUAGUACUUCUACACAUACUAAAAUAAAUUCAUUAUUCAACCUUUCCUAUCACUUGGUAUUACAAAUAAAAUCAAUGGUUUGAUGCAAAAACUGGACCUUUUCUAACAAUCCUUUUCAAGCUUUUGAUAUAAGGGCUUUGGAAUAUUUAGAAAUUAAUAUUAUUUUAUAGAACUUCUAGGUUGCUAACAGUCACAGCUUGGAGGGCACUACUGUGAAAGACAGUAAUGGCUGCGUUAAUUCCUUGGGCUACUCAAACAGAUUGUUAGCGUGUGGGACAAGGUGUGAGCCCAAUUCUGUCUAUAAUCAUGUAGAUUGUAAAUGCUGCUGAGGAUUUGAAGUCACCAAGACAAUCUGCGUAAGUAAGGCCAAAAGAUGUUGCUUUACCAUGAAUAGCAUCACUUCUUAGAAAAGUGUCUUGGAUUAUUUCAUAGCUAAUCACACCAGGACGGCGAUCUACGGUCAGGAAGUGACCUGUUGGAUAUCAGUAAUAAAAAUCAUGUAGUUUUUAUCCUUCAUGUGGAAGACAAGCAGGAUCAUUUCUAGGCCUUUAUAGCUGAAAGUUACGGCAAUGUUCUGAUAGAUGCUCCCCCAGAUUUCCAGCUGAAUUUGGAACACAGUGAUACUGAUGAUUCUGGAAAAUCUGUGUGCUGUAUUUCUCAGCUGAGAGCAGCAGUUUUGUGCUUUCAAGUCAUAUUUUCGCAUAAAAUGACUAAGAUAUCACACUGUAAAUCUUUCGAGCAGUAACAACACUUCUGCAUUCUUCCAACGGUUCCUAAUUCCACUGAAAUCAUUAGUAAAUCUUACACUGGUUUCAGGGGAAUAACAUGAGAGCCCACAACAGGGCAUAUAACAUUUAAAUAUGCUCAUGUUUUCCAUCAUACACUUGCUACAGAGAACUGGGAAUUUUGAGACUUCAGGGCAGCCCAAGAGUUUUACACCAACAUUGUGUUUAAUGUCCUGACAAGUUCAGUGUAAAAUGCCAGUCUUAAGUAACACAAACCGAACCUGUGACUACCACUUACUAUGCUGAAUUGGAAAUAAAUAGUUUUGCUUGAGGUAGAUGAAUUUCUAGCCCAGUAAAGGUUGGGUUUUGGGUUUUUUCCAGGGAAAACUGGGAUUACUGAAGCCUGAACUUAGAGGAUAGAUAAUAUAAAAUGUUAGUACUUUAUUAUAGAUCUGUGUUGCACAGUUGUGGUACAGUUUCUUAUUUUGCUGAAAUCAGUGGCAAAGCCCUGUUUUAAGCUGGCAGAAUCAGACCCGUUGAGUGGGCAUACAAUCUCAUGUUGUAAAUUUGUAAUACUUUACACUGCAUUUACUGAAAGAGAAAUAAUGAUCUCAGCAUGCCAUCUGCCAGCUCUCUGGCUGAAUGGAACAGACUAUGUCAGUCAAAGGGUGAGAUGUGUCUUUAAAUGACUCUUGUGGUUCUUGGAGGGUUUUUUGUUCUGUUUUUUUGGGUUGCUUAGUAACAAUAUUCUUUGUGCAAAUUUGUAGCAUCUGUGCAGAAUGUGAGGUGUUAACAUGUGUAAAAAUUAAAUAGUCCAAUUAGUGUUUCCUCUGCAGAGCUUUGAGAUAAAAUGAUCCUUUCUUUUUUUUCCCCUACCCUCUACAAAUUACCUGCUGUUAGAAAAAGAAACGAUAGAUUUGUGUCUUAGAACUGAAAAAUCAUAAAUUUCCAUCUCCCUACUUCUCAGUGUAGCUAGUGUUUUCAAAUGGAGAAUAUAGCAGAAUUAAGUAACUUGCAAAACAUCAGUGGCUUCCAAAGGUCAUAUAAUUCUGUCUCUGUGGUUGGUAGCUGCACACAGGGUAAUGUCUGUGAACAAUUAUAUAUCUGCCAAUUAAACCACUGAACAAAGCACUCUGUGUCAGAAAGCUUACUUGAUGACUUGCAGAACUGUGUUAGAAGGAUCUGAAACAGAGAACCAAAUACAGUUUAAGAGACUUCAUACUCCAUUCUUUUGGCUCCCUAUAGCAGAAGAUCUGCUAGAAUCUACCCUACUAUUCAAAAUCCAUUCAAAUAUAGAAAAAGCUUAUAUAGGACGGGUUGGACCAAGCCAGCUUCUAUAAGGAGACAUACCUAGCCCUGUAUAGUCACUGAAUAGUCAGUGGAGAGAAACAGGCUCUCCCAGACAAUAGGUCAUCUACUCUCUUUUAGACACGUGUCUUAGGGUGAGAUGAAUCACCUCUCUUUCUGCAGUGACUGAACCAAAUGUGGCUAGACAACCUCUCGCUUUUAAGGCAGUAGUGGUUUGGUAAGAUGAAUCUCAUUCCCCAAGAUACCUUUUUUCCCUGAUGAUACAGUAUAUUUUGCCUUUGAUCUGUCUUGGCAAACACAACAUUUUAGAGGGAGGCAUCUUCAGCAGUCCUGAAUCAGGACAAGGUUCACAUUGACUCCAGUGGGAAAACAGGAUGAGAAAACACUGCAGGACUUCUUUUCCAGCAGUGUCUGUGUGACAAGGAAACCCCUUAACAAUGAAAAAAUUCACACUGUUUGAUUUUGUAAAUGAUAAUUCACUGCAAAUCGGAGAGACUUCGUGGAUACAGGACCUUCCCAGUGAUGACAAUGAGCUAGAAAGACUUCUGAAACCAAAUGAGCACGUGCUAGUAAACUGGCCUGUGGGAGAAAGAAAGACAGAAAAGCAUCUGGUGAGAGUUGUGUACAUGAGUGAUGACCCCCAAGAGCUGGUGGAAAUGAUGCAAAAGAUAUUACAAGCAGAUGAAAUUACAAAAAUACAAGUCCUUGGAAAAGGCAAGAGGAAGAGGAUAGAAAUGAUAUUCUCAGAAAGUGAGGACAGUGACUUGGAUAAAGAGCAGGGGAAGAUGAUGAAGCAUAUAAAAAGAAAGAAAUCAUUGCAGGCAUCUACUCCUACCAACAUCCUGACUCAACUUGAAACAUCUUUAAUUAACAAACAGAGGGAAUCAUAUUCAGGAAGCAACUUUCUGUACAGUGAAAGUAGCAGUGAUGAUGAAGAGCCUUUAUUUCAACUAUCCAAGGUAGAACUGUGUGCCAAAAUAAAAAGUCUCAAGAGGAAGCUGACAGACACCAUGAGAGAAAACUGCCGCCUAAGGCAGUCCCUGGUGAUGCUUCAAGUGUUGCCACAGGCAGUCACCCAUUUUGAGGAACUGGUAGGGAUGGCUGAAGCACUGCUCAAAGGGGGAGUGACGUCAUCUAUGUCCAGUCUGCAUUCACAUGCGGUUUGGAAAGCAUCUAACAAUCCGUUAGCAGAUUCAUAUGCAACUAUGCAUAGUAACUCCCCCUCACCCAUAACUUUGAACGUGGAAGAUGAGGAGCAACAGACUGAAAAACAGUUCAAGAUCGAAAAGUGGCAGAUUGCACUUUGUAACAAGAGCAAACCUCAAAAGUUUAUAAAUGACUUGAUGCAAGCACUUUAUACACAUGAAUACAUGGCUACACACAGCCUGACAGGUGCAAAGUCCUCCUCUUCAAAGGAUAAAGCGGCAAAACCAGCUAUGAAUCAGAAUGAAGUUCAGGAAAUAAUAGGAAUCACAAAACAGUUGUUUCCAAACACAGAUGAUGCUUUAAUUAGGCGAAUGAUGGGACAAAAACUGAACAAUUGCACCAAGAAGCCAAUUUUAAGCAAAGAUCUUAACUCAGGUGCUUUUCAGAAGCAUAGCUUCUGUGGUUCAACAGCUGCUCCUCAGGGCAUCAUCUCUUCGGCUGUUCCUCCCAGUACACAAGACCAGCAGGAUGAUGAUUCACCAGCUGCUAACACCCAAAUUCAGCAAAGCGACAGCCGCCUGACUCCUCCACCUCCCACCCCACAAGGCCAGCAGGAGUGUUUCAAGCCCACCUCUUCUAAGGUGGAGUCUCAUCUCGCCAGAAGCUCACCUGCACCCUCUCCCAACCAAGGUUGCAGACAGGAUCUCAGGAAUUCAGACAAGGAAUAACAGAAGGUACUUCACACCAGUUCAAAUUCUCAAUGGCGCUUAAGGAGUAGUAUAAAAUAGAAAAGAAAUAAUACCUAAAUGGCCUAGCAACAGUGGACAGAGAUACUGCAAGCAGAAUAGAAGCCUGAGAACCAUUUACUCAAAAUCCCACAGACUAGAAAAAAAUGAGGGCAUAUUAAUAUCUUUGGCUUCAAGGUAUUAUCAAAUAUAUGCAUGUUAUGCAGUCAUUAAAAAUAUAAACUUGUUCUGAAGAAUAUAAGUAGAGUUCCCCUUAGUUAGAAAAAAAACAUUAUUUAAAGUAAUACCAAAAGAAUGUGUAAGAGGAACCUCAAUCCCCUUGCUUUCACCUUGACAGCUGAUAGAAAACUGCUUUACUGAUCAGAGAAAGAUACUGCAUAUUAAUACCAAAAAGAUAGGUAUGAAAAGAGAAUAGAAAAAUUUCCUAGUGAAAUGAAGACUGUGGCCAGCACAGGGUUAGAAAGCACAGUGCCACAUGAGCAGAGAAGAAGAAAUAAAAUAGAUAUUUAAAGGUGCUGGUAACUUGGACAGAAGAAAUCAUUCUUAGAGCAAUGAAACUGCAGCUCUCAAGAUGUCUGCAGGAAAGCAGCAGCUCAUUUUUAAUCUCUGAAAGUUGGAAAGGCAAUGAAGGAAGCCAUGUUCCCUUCCCUCAGGGAAGAGUCCUCCAGGAUAGCUUGUUUGGUUGUUGAGGCCAUGGCUUCUCACAGGCCUUCUGCUGCUGGUACUCUGCUGGUUUGGCAGCCCUCACUCAGUCUUAUUCCCUGAACAUCGGGUCCAUAGGAUAAGGGUGCCUGAUCCUGCCAGUUGGGAAAUGGAGGACAAUUUCUUGGAAAUUACUAGUAAAGGGCAGAGCUGCCAUCCCCUACUCCCUGUGCUUUGAUUUUGGUAUGCUACCUCUUAGCUUAGAGUGUACAGGUAGAGUGUUCCUCAUGGGACUGGGACCAUACAAAUCCCAGUAACUGGACAGCUCCUCUUGAGACCUGACACCACUGGUCCCAGGGAGCAGCUGGCAGACACACACCCUGUGAUUUCCUGAGGAGGAGGAGGGAAGCUACAUUUUUUUCCUUGCUGACUUGAUUUCAGGUUUACAGUGUGCCAGUAGCAUGGGAAGGAGAGAACACUUGGAUUAUACCUUUCAUGCUUGAGUGUACUUCUCCCAGAACAGAGAGUACUAAUAAUUAGAUCUAUUUCAUACAUGGCAAACAAGCAACUAAGGAGUCAAGAUGGAAAAAAAACCAAACAACAAAGCUAAAGAAACCUAGCUAGAUUUGAGGAUUUUAUAACUCAGGAGGUUAAGGAAAUAAAUUAGAAAUAAUAUUAGGGUGAAUGCCAGGAAAAAAAUCUGAAGAUAAGGUUAGCAGCCGAAUACCUUUAAAGGGAAAUGCUACAAACCUAAACGUACUAGAACAAUACACUAAUAAAAUGCACUGCGGAGAAGACUUGUGUGUGGGCUGGGCUGUGAAUUAAGUGAUCUGGUAGCCUUUUUCAUCUCUCAUAUCUAUCAGUUCCUUGCAGAUAGGAUCAGGAUGAAAACAGGCAUGAAAUAUUAUGUAAGUUCUAUCUCUGGUUAUUAACUACCAUCUAUCAAAUGUAACAGAUGAUGCUAUUAUGUACAUUUUGUAUAUGUAAUUGUAUGUACAGCAUAUAAGAAUGUAUAUAGUUAAUCAUAUUUUUUAAGCAACUUUCUAUCAAAUAAAAUGAAACAUUACUAUG